CUCUGCAGGGCGGGGCGGGGAGGGGCGGGGUUGGCGACACCUCCUCCUUAAAGUCGGGCUGCGGGCGUGGCGCGCCCUCCACCCGCGCGGACUCUGGCAGCGUACUCACCCGACUUCCGUCUGGGUGUCAGUCUCCGCUCCGCGUCUGGGCAGGCACACGUCUCCCACUCGCCAAGCCGGCAGCGGCGCCGCUUCCCCGUCCAGCAUGGGACUGCCUCGAAGAGCAGGGGACCCGGCGGAGCUGCGUAAGAGCCUGAAGCCGCUGCUGGAGAAGCGCCGCCGCGCGCGCAUCAACGAGAGCCUGAGGCAGCUCAAGGGGCUCAUCUUGCCGCUGCUCGGCAGAGAGAGUUCCCGCUACUCGAAGCUGGAGAAGGCGGACAUCCUGGAAAUGACCGUGCGCUUCCUGCAGGAGCUGCCUGCGUCCUGCUGCCCCGGGACAGCGCCCACGCCCUCGGACAGCUACCGUGAGGGCUACCGCGCCUGCCUGGCGCGCCUGAUCCGCGUGGUACCCGCCUGCCGCGUCCUGGAGCCCGCCGUCAGCGCUCGCUUGCUGGAGCACCUGCGGCGGAGGGCAGCCGGCGCCACCCCCGAUGGCAGGCGCGCUGGGAACUCCUGCGGCGCGCCCUCGCCUUCCCCGCCGCCCGCACCCCUGCCCUUGCCGCCUGCACCAGCCUGCAGCCCUGGCCUCUGGCGGCCUUGGUAGCCCCCUGGCUGGUCCACCUGUUGACUGCGAGGCACCUGGAGGCUGGGCAGACUGAGGAAGCUCUUGGUGGCGACAGUCUUCCCACCUUGAGGGAUCAGCCCAACACCCACAGCCAGGCCGGAGCGAGUGUUUGUGAUGUUUGUGGCAGACUCAAUGCCAGGGGGACUCAGCUAAGGACAUAAGGGGAGAAGCCCUGCCUCACCCCCACCUUGGGGGUACCUGGGCUGGAGAAGAAGGGGCAGGUGGCUGCAGGGGACGAUGAAGCCCCCCUCAUCCCCACUGGUAGUAGCUUUAAGAUUGGGCUGGCCACAGCCAACACACCUGCCCCAAUGCUGGCACCAGCCCAAGGGCUGGGCCAGGAGCUCACCUGAGCCAGGUGCAGCCAGCCAUCUGCUCUGACUGGUCACUGCCCCCCUAGCCCUUCUUGGGCCUGCCUCCUUGCCAGCUCUGCUUGGGAACUUCUGGGCACACAGAAGCAAUGACCUGAGGGGCUCUGCAGGCCAGGGAGCCAUCACGUCCACUCCUGAGCUCUCCUGCCUAAAGCCUCCAAUUAAAGGGACUGGAUGCAGCCAGGGCUCUGUGUCACUGGGGGUGGGGGCUUCACUAAGUGGUCUUGGGGAGGACUAAUUUCCCCAAGCAUUAAUUUAACCUGGUCUAUGUACCGGGUGUGAGGAAGAAUGAGGUUGCCCUGUGGCUUCAAGGAGGCCCAGCACAGAGACAGUGCCAAUGUGAGGUGAGCAGGGCCCAUGUCAUGCAGCAGCAGAAAUUCAAAGGAUGACAGCAGGUUAAGGACCAGGAAA